GCAGUACCUGAUGGAGUUUAACAGCAGUCCUGGUGACCUAAUGGAACUCUCACCUUUAUUCUCAGAUGAUACCCGGGUAUCUGAGGCUGCAUCAAUUGCGCAAAAAUUGAGAUCAUUUGCCGAAGAAGAUCCUGGAAGACAAGCCAUGACUGUCUCAGGAAAUGCAACAGCAAGCAAAGGAUUGGAAGUUGCAGUUGGUAAUCUCCAGGAAUAUUGCAAUGAACUGGAAAACAAAUUGCUGUCCAGAUUUGAUGUAGCCUCACAGAAAAAGGAUCUGUGUUCAAUGGCCCAGUGUGCAAUUAUUUUGUUGCAGUUCAACAGGGGUACUAGUGUUAUGCAACAUUAUGUGGGGUUACGUCCAAUGUUUGAUUUGGAGGUCAUGAAUGCUGAUGUGCAAGUGGUUCUUGGUGACUCUGGAUCUCAACCCAUUCCUAGCAAUGUUGGGCAAGGGCUCUCUUCAUUGUACAAAGAAAUUACUGAUACUGUAAAGAAAGAAGCAGAAACCAUAACAGCAGUAUUUCCUUACCCCAAUGAUGUCAUGUCGAUAUUGGUUCAGCGUGUCCUGGAAGACCGAGUUCCUAAUCUUCUUGAGAAGCUAUUGCUGAAACCAUCUCUUGUUAAUCCACCUUCCAAGGAAGAAGGAGGGCUUAUAUUAUAUCUGAGAAUGCUAGCAGUGUCGUAUGAGAAAACGCUUGAACUUUCUAAGGACUUGCAUAGCGUGGGCUGUGGUGACUUGGAUGUUGAAGGCUUGACUGAGUCACUUUUUCUUCCCCACAAAGAUACAUAUAUAGAAUGUGAAAAGGUUUCUCUUAGGCUACUCUAUAAGGCAAAGAUGGAGGAACUAGGAAUUGAGUUCUCGUCCUCUGAAUCAAAGGGCACAAUUGGGCGUUCCAAGGGAGCAUCCAUUGCAUCUUCUCAACACCAGAUAUCCGUCACCAUUGUUACCGACUUUGUACACUGGAACGAAGAAGCCAUAUCCAGAUGUACUUUGUUUUCAACACAGGAAACUACUCUUGCAGCUAACGUUCGGCUCGUUUUCACAUGCUUUUUGAAGCAGGUAAGUCAAUAUAUAACUGAAGGCCUUGAAAGAGCGAAAGAAAGCCUGAUUGAUGCUGCAGCAUCUAGAGAACGGUUUGCUCUAGGAACUAGUGUGGGUCGAAGAGUUACAGGAGCCACAUCUAUAGGAGAAAAUGCUGCUGCAGCUGGAGAAAGUGGUUUUAAAUCUUUUAUGCUUACUCUACAGCAGUGUGGAAGUAGUGUGGUUGUUCUUCAACAAUUUUUUGCGAACUCUGUUUCUCAAAUCUUACUGCCUGUGGAGGGUGCACAUGCUGCUGCCUGUGAAGAAAUGGCAUCAGCAAUGUCCAGUGCAGAAGCUGCUGCCUACAAGGGGCUCCAGCUGUGCAUUGAAACAGUGAUGGCUGAGGUUGAUCGCCUGCAAUCAGCUGAACAGAAAGCUGCAGAUUUCAGAUCAUCUGACGAUGACAUUAGUCCGGAGCAGCGACCAACAAAUGCUUGCACUAGAGUUAUUGCAUAUCUCUCCCGGGUACUUGAGUCUGCUUUCACAGCUCUUGAUGGUUUGAACAAACAGGCAUUCCUCACCGAACUGGGAAAUCGCUUGCACAAGUUGGUAAUGAGUCAUUGGGAAAAGUUCACUUUCAACUGGAGUGGAGGACUGCAGCUCAAGCGUGACAUAUCAGAGUAUGCAGACUUUGUUCGGUGUUUCAAUGCUCCUACAGUAGAUGAGAAAUUCGAGCUGUUGGGCAUCCUAGCAAACGUGUUUAUUGUCGCUCCUGAAAGCCUGUCGUCGCUGUUUGAGGGAACUCCAAGUAUAAAAACAGAUGCAAAAAGGUUUAUUCAGCUCAGAGACGAUUACAAGAGUGCAAAGCUGGCAACUAAACUCAGUUCUCUGUGGUAGCUACCUCUAAUCAAUGCAGAAAUAGGGCAUGUUGUUUUUCAAUUUAAAGCUAAGAUUGUGUGAUUCAUUGGUGAUAACAAAUUGAUUAUUCACACAUAUUAACAUGUUGAAUACGAACUAUACGAAAGCGGAAAGGUAUUCGUGUUCAUGUGUUUUGAUGAAUUCCAAAGUAGGGUUGAUCAUC